AUGGCAGAUGAGAUCGCCAAGGCUCGGGUCGCCCGGCCUGGCAGCGACACAAUCUUCGGGAAGAUCGUCCGCAAAGAAAUCCCAGCCAAAAUCAUUUUUGAGGAUGACCGGUGCCUUGCUUUUCAUGACAUUUCCCCGCAAACACCCACACAUUUUCUGGUGAUACCUAAGAAGUACAUUUCCCAGAUUUCUGUUGCAGAAGAUGAGGAUGGAAGUCGCCUUGUACAUUUAAUGACUGUUGGCAAGAAACGUGCAGCUGACCUGGGCCUGAACAAGGGCUAUCGCAUGGUGGGGAAUGAAGGUUCGCAUGGGGGACAGUCUGUCUAUCACGUCCAUGUCCAUGUUCUCGGUGGUCGGCAGAUGAAUUGGCCUCCUGGUUAAGCAUGCUUUCAGGGAUACGUAUCCCUUCUCUAGGCAAUGAUCAGGUCAGCAAGUGCAAAUGUAUUACACAGUACCCUUAAAUUUGCCCGUGUAUGGAGAGAUUAAGGAAAUAAUGGGGGGGACCCCAUAUGUAAUAAAAGACAUUGUUGAAUGGUUAAAAA